AUGGCCCGUCGUAAUCACAAAGAACGAUCCCAGCCCGCUCAUCGGGCACGUCUGGGGCUGUUAGAGAAACAUAAAGAUUAUGUACUCCGAGCGAGGGAUUACAAGUCUAAACAAGAUAGGAUCAAGAAACUCCGCGAGAAAGCGGCAUUCAAGAAUAAAGAUGAAUUUUACUGGGGGAUGGUGAAAAGUAAGACUCGGAAUGGUAUAGAGACGAAAGAUAGAGGUAACGUUGCGUUGAACACGGAUUUGGUCAAGAUUUUGAAAUCUCAGGAUUUGGGUUAUGUUAGAGUACAAAUUGCAAAGGAUGAGAAGAAAAUCAGAGACCUUAAAACCCAACUUCAAAUCACCGCUCCCUCCGGAUCAUCAACCUCUGAAACAAGCUCAGAAUGGGAUGCUAUAGCAGAACUAGCGGAAGUUGAGAAACUAGCCCAGAUGGGUAUAGUCUUAAAAUCCUCGGAUGAGAGUACUGCAAAAAGAAAAGGAAAGGGUAAAGCUGUGACGAGUGGACAUGUGAUUUUUGCAGAUGGUAAAGAUGAAUUUGAAAAUUAUGGUGAAUCGAGUAGAUCAAAUGAAGAUGAACGAAUAGAAGAGCAGAAUGAUAAACCGAUAGAUUUAGGAUGGAAUGAACCUUCCACAUCUCAGAAAAAGAAGAAUAAACAAAAAGUCAUCGAACCGGUUGAAGAAGUUGACGAAGAACUGAUAGCAGAGGAAGCAAAGUCACACCGAAUCGAACUUCUCACCCUCCUCUCAGCCUAUCUAAACCGACUCAAACUCCUCCGUCAGGCAGAGAAUAAAUUGGAAACCACCAAGUCCCUCAUGGGCAAAGGUGCAGCGCGUAAGAUCAGGGAUACUCAAUGGGUAGAUGACGAGUCACAGCCCGAGAAUAAAAACGGGGAGAGGAAGAGGUUGGAAGGGAAGAUGUGGAAAUGGAAAUUGGAGAGGAGGAGAUAA